AUGAAAAUAAUUUUAACAAUUGUUCUAUAUAUGUUCUUACAAAGAAUAUUACACAAUUUAGCUAGCUGUAAAAUAACAACAGUAUAUAAAAUAAAACAAGUGAAAAGGAUAAAAAAAAAAUAUUAUAUACAAAACUUUCAUACAUUUCGUAAGAAUAUAAUAAUAAAACCAAAGAGAAAAGUAAAUUAUGUAUUUUUUUCAAACAAACCAACAGAUAUAAAAAUGAAUAUAAAUGAUAGUGAAAAUAUAGAAAAACAAAUUGAAAAAAUAAGUCAAGAAAUAUCUUUAUUAAUAGAAAGAAAUGAAUCUAUUAAAAUUAUAAAUGAUGAUCCUGAUAUAAAAAAAGAAUAUGAAAAUAAUCAAAAUUUAUUAAAAGAAAAAAAAAAAACUCUAAAUGAAUUAUGUAGUAUAUUUAGUCAACCCUUAAAUCUUGUUGAAAAUAGAUCAAAAUUAGAAAGCUUAAUAAAAAGAAGACUUUUUUAUACAAAUUCUUUUGAAAUAUAUGGAGGUGUUUCUGGUUUGAUUGAUUAUGGACCAUCAGGUUGUUUGUUAAAAUAUGAAUUAGAAAAAUUAUGGAGGAAUCAUUUUGUUUUUUAUGAUGAAAUGUUAGAAAUAAAAGGAACAUGUAUAACACCAUAUUCUGUUUUAAAAACAUCAGGACAUGUUGAUAGAUUUACAGAUUUAAUGAUUAAAGAUAUUGUAACAAAAGAUUGUUAUAGAGCUGAUAAAUAUUUAUCAGAAUGGUUAAAAAAUAAAUUAGAUGAAAUAAAAGAUCAAAAAAAUGAUGGAAAUGAAAAAAGAGAAAAAAAUUUCGAUAAUUCUGAAAAUAUAAAUAAUGUACAAACAAUACAAGAAAUUGAAUCAAUAUUGAGAAGAUUAGAUGGAAUGAAUGAAAAUGAAAUAAAAGAUGUAAUUAAAAAAUAUAAUAUUAAAUCUCCUGAAAAAAAUGAUUUAUCUGACCCUUUCCCCUUUAAUUUGAUGUUCCAAACAAAAAUAGGUCCAAAAGAAAAUAACGAAAAUGAUACGAUUGAAAAAAACAUAAACGAUAUGAACAAAAAUAACAUAGCAUUUCUAAGACCAGAAACAGCACAAGGUAUUUUUGUAAAUUUUAAAAAAUUACUUGAAUAUAAUGGUGGUAAAAUGCCAUUUGCUGGAGCACAAAUAGGAUUAGGGUUUCGAAAUGAAAUAUCACCAAGAAAUGGGCUACUUAGAGUUCGAGAAUUUGAAAUGGGAGAAAUUGAAUAUUUUUUUAAUCCAGAAAAAAGCAAACAUGAAAAAUAUGAUUUAUACAAACAUUUAGUAUUACCAUUAUAUCCAAGAACAAAUCAAUUAAAUGAUAAUGGAAAUGUUAUAACAAAUAUGAGUUUAGAAGAAGCAGUAAAUAAUGGAAUAAUUUGUAAUGAAGCUUUGGCAUAUUUUCUAGCAAGAACAUAUUUAUUUUUAUUAAAAUGUGGAAUAAAAAAAGAUGGAAUAAGAUAUAGACAACAUUUAGAAAAAGAAAUGGCACAUUAUGCUAAUGAUUGUUGGGAUGCAGAAAUUUUAACUUCAUAUGGAUAUAUUGAAUGUGUAGGGCAUGCAGAUAGAUCUGCUUAUGAUUUAAAACAUCAUAUGAAUGCAACUGGUUCUAAUCUAUAUGGUUGCCAAAAAUAUGAUAAACCUGUUGAUGUUGAAUUUGUAAAAAUAAUUCCUAAUAAAGCAAAAAUUGGUAUGAAAUUUAAAAGUGAUCAAAAUAAAAUUUAUAAAAUAUUAAAUGAAAAAACCAAUGAAGAUUUGUUAAUUAUUGAACAAGAGUUAAAUAAAAACCAAACAUACAUUUUAAAAGGCUAUUCGGACCAAAGCAAUGACAAUAAUAAUGACUCAUUCGAACUAACACGAGAUAUGAUUUCAUUUCAAAAAUAUACUAAAAAAGUACAAGAAUCGAAUUUUAUUCCUAAUGUUAUAGAACCAUCAUUUGGUAUUGGCCGACUAAUAUUUUGUAUUUUAGAGCAUUCAUUUAGAGUUAGGCAAUUUACAGAUGACAAAGAAGAAAGACAUUAUUUAUCAUUACCUUAUGCAUUGUCUCCAAUUAAAUGUUCUGUUUUAUCGAUAUCAAAUAAUAAAGAAUUUUAUCCAUAUAUUAAACAAAUACAAACUAUUUUAAGUGAAAAUAAUAUAUCUUGUAAAUUAGAUAAUUCAAGUGUUUCGAUUGGUAAAAAAUAUGCCAGAAUUGAUGAAAUAGGUAUUCCAUUUGCGGUAACUAUUGAUUUUCAAACAUUAAAAGAUAAAACAAUUACUCUUAGAGAUAGAGAUUCUAUGCUUCAAAUUCGAGUUAAUAUAUCAGAAGUAUCAGAUAUUAUAAAUUCAUUAUUAUCACAAAAAUCUUCAUGGUCUGAUUAUGUUCAAAAAUAUGGUCUUUUUAUUCAACAAAAUUUGGAAAAUUAA